CGCACCUCAAAGUGGGUCAGGUAGCUUUCAAGCUCUAUCACUACCGUUAAAACCUUGUGGUAGGAGUGAGUCUUGUGAUAGUGGUAACGCUGCUGCUCGACGCUUUCCUGUUGAAGCUCCCAUCUUCGAAGUACCAGUUUUCUUACACAUCACACCGUUCCUUCACGCGACCUACUCACAUGCACUAGAGAAGUGAUCAACAAUGUGGCCAUCAGUACCCGCUUUCAGAAGCUUCGGCAACAUAACAUGUCCUGCGGGUACCAAAUGCGAGCUCCCUCACUGCAUAUUCAGCCAUGAUGCUAUCAAAGCGCAUAGCACGCCAUGCACCUCAGCGGCCAGCCACGCAAUAGAUAGUGAGCCAGCUGCGAAGCGUCAGAAGCUCGACGAUAGCACGAAGGAAGGUACCUUGAGCACGGUGCCGGAUGUACCAGUUGCACCAAGAUCCGUCUUUACUGGAUUGACCCCAGGCAAGGACAAGGCGAUUGUCGCAAACAAGGGAGCAAGUACCGUCACUACAGCAUCACCAAAACCGACAAACAAUGGGAGGGAUACCGAUACUCUGCCACAGUCCGUAACACGGCCAGUGUCACCGCCUCCCAAGGCGUCCCUGGCACAAGCUGCCCCCAAGCCCACGGGUCCAGUAGCGUUGAUGCCACGCAAACUCCUGAAAGAGCCAGCCAUCUUUACGAGACGACUAACACUCUUGAAAAUGCUACACAGCUUCAUGAAGCCAUUGAACGACAAGAUUGCGAGAGCCGUGAAGGCCGAGAUCAAGGCAUUGCACAUGGACUCGAACCAGCUCAACAAGCUAGCGGUGGACGAAGAAGAGCAAAUUGCCAGAACCAACCCCGCGGUCUACGAGAAUGUACUGAAGCAACGACUUUUCAAGCUCAAGAAAAUGACACCAGAAGAGUGGGUCAAGGAGAGGUUCGAGGCACUGGCGAAAGAGCGUGGACUACCUCCCAAAAAGCCACCACCAAAGAAGGUCGAUACGGGUUUGACACCGAGGGAAGAAGUCAUGUUUCUCUCGAAUCUUAUCUGUUCACAAGACGGCUUAGAUGCACAUGGUUAUGUCACAAAGCUUCCAACGACAGAACAACUAGAUGAAGCCAGGCUGGCACAGGCUUCAGCAGACUUUUGGGAAGUUUGCGAUCGUUGCAACACCCGUUUCCAAGUCUUCCCAGAGCGCAGGGGGGAAGACGGCGCACUUACCACUGGGGGCCCAUGCACCCAUCACUGGGGCAGGCGCGUAUAUCCUAAGAGAUCAAAGAAUUCUGGGCCAGAACCAACUACAUUUUCCUGCUGCAAUGAGCCUGUAGGGUCGCCAGGGUGCACAACGUACGACACACAUGUCUACAAGAUUGCAGACCCAAAGCGUCUCUUCCUGGUCAUGCCGUUUAUCGAGACGCCGGUAAAUGACGACGCACCAUCAGACAUUGCAGUGUGCUUCGACUGCGAGAUGGGCUACACCACCCAUGGUCUCGAACUCAUGCGACUUACAGCCAUCUCAUGGCCGACACACCAACCCCUAGUUGAUGUUCUGGUGCGUCCGAUCGGACAUCUUCUCGAUGUGAAUACUCGAUUCUCCGGUAUCACAACAGAACAGUUCCUCAACGCAAAACCAUACGAUUCAGCGGAUCCCAAGCCUAGACGGAACGAUAUCCGCAUCGUAGAGUCACCUUACGUGGCGCGAGAUUUGUUCCUUGCUCACGUCACAACCACAACGCCCAUUCUCGGCCACGCCCUCGAGAACGACCUCAACACUCUCAGAAUCAUCCAUCCCAAUAUCAUCGACACAGUGCUGCUCUUUCCGCAUAAACGAGGGCUGCCUCUACGCCACGGCUUACGCGCUCUUGCAAAAGACAAACUCGACCUCGACAUACAGCAAGGCGGAGCGGCUGGACACGACAGCUUCGAGGACGCGAAGACGACCGGCGAGUUGAUUCGUUUCAAGGUGGCAGAAAGAUGGAAACAACUGAAGCACGAUGGCUGGGAGAUCCGUGAUCAUGGCGUCUAUCCACCGAUGCCGCCUGGUACACCGCCUCCACAGGCGUCUUCUGCGCCAUCGAUGAUGCCACCGGCUCCGAUGGAAAUGCUAGAAGGCAAGCCCGCUGAGAAGCGGAAACUAGAAGAGUAACAAGAUUGGGCAGCGGAUGGCCAUGAGCCACCAGCGAAGAAGCAAGCUUAGGCCUUGCAAGCUUCUCCAAAACACACACAGCG